CCUCGCUCAACCGGUAGUCAGCAAUGCCAGGCUUCUUCUCUCGACUGAAAUGGACACUAAGUUCUAAGAAGCCACAGAACAAAGAAAUCAAAGAGGAAAAACCUAAGCUCGUCUCUGAAACCAGCGACAGUGCGAAGUCGCUGCCACAAAUUCAUACAGCCUCAGUCUAUACCUAUGGAAGACGUUUUCAAGCUUAUAAGGAUUGCGCCUAUGUUCUACCCAACGAUGACACAGAAAUCGACAGGUUGCAUCUUCAGCAUUGGAUUGUGAAAAACGCUGUGGGCAGAAAUUACAGUUCACCUAUCGAAGCUGAACUGGAAAAGGGAAUCAAAGUGUUGGAUGCAGGCUGUGGAGGUGGUACCUGGACUUUGGAAAUGGCCAGCGCCUAUCCCAACAGCAUAUUCACCGGUCUAGACGUUUCCUCUACCUGGCCUACUGAGAUUAGACCACAUAAUUGUAACUUCGUUGUUGGCAACCUCGUGCAUGAAUUACCAUUUGACGAGAAUUCGUUCGACUUCGUCUACAUGCGGAUAGUGGGCAUGGGUAUACCAAAUGAACAGUAUGCUACUGUGCUGUCCCACUUGUACAAGGUUCUCAAGCCUGGAGGCUGGAUAGAAUUAGUCGAAAUGGACGGCGAGCAAGUAUACCGCGGCCAAAAGACCACCCUGUAUUGGAAUGCUGUACAACAAUAUUUGAAAACGCGGGGAUUCAAGGACGGAAUUGUCAGAGACAUUGACCUGAAGUUAGGCGACACUGGUUAUGUCAAUAUCGACGGUUUGAGAAUUCGGAUCCCUGUUGGAGGCUGGGGUGGAAAGCUCGGCGAAGUGUUCCUCGAAGACAUUGUUAGCGCCUAUAAGAGUUUACGACCUGUUGUACAGCCCAUUCUAAAAUUCAGCGACGAAGAAUUCCAAGAACUGCUUGACAACGUACCAAAGGAAAAUAACGAAGUGAAGCAAGAGGUGAACUUGUUUAUGAAUUGGGCCCAGAAACCUGCCAAUUGAUUGGUUAUUCACAGAUGCUCAUAUACCUAGUAGCCACCAG